AUGCUGGGAUCCACCUACUUGGACUACUUUCUCCGUCCCCACGACCUGAACAAUGUUUCCAGUGACUUGCAUCAUCUACUGCCACAGUGUGCGAUAGAUUGCUUAGCAUCCACCCUUGAGACGCUUUCGGUGUGCUCUCCUAACAAUGCCACAUGCUUCUGUGCCAAUCAACAUGUCGCUCAUAACAUUCAUAUGUGUGCUGAUAGAACAUGUACCAUCAAACAAGUCCUUACUGCGCUCAACAUCACAGCCAUCAUGUGUCAAAGGCCCGUUCGCAAUCGCUCAAACCAACCAUUGGCCGUUGCAAGCGUGAGCGGAAGUAUUGCUACAAUCUCAGUUAUGUUGCGUACCCUGGAUGCAGUCCUUAAUCGCUCCUUCCAUUGGGAUGACGCCUGUUCUCCUGGUGCUGGAUUGACCUUGAUCCCAAUGAACGCUAUACAGCUACGCGUCGCAUCUGCAGGUCUAGGCCGGGAUGCGUGGACGUUGUCUUUCGAAGACAUCACUUACAUACGCAAACUGGAAUGGCUGGGGAAAUUCUUCUACUGGCCCACAACUGCCCUUGCGAGACUGGCAUUGUUAUUCAUGUACCUCCGCGUACUUCCCAGAAAGAAGACCAGGACCUACACUUAUACCGGCAUGGCCCUCACAACUAUAUACUGGUUCAUCUUCCAAUUCAGCAUUGCCUUCUUUUGCAAACCCGUUUCUCUGGUGUGGACGGGCUGGGAUGGCGAGCACAAGGGCUCGUGCUGGGAUACAAAUUAUCUGAUACUGUCAGCUGCUGGAGCCGCAGUCUUCUUGAAUCUCCUUAUCGCACUUAUACCAGUUCCUGCUCUGUAUCAACAAUCGAUGACUUUGAGGAGGAAAGUAGAGGUGCUUGGCAUGUUCACUGUUGACACAUUCAUCCUCGCCGUUUCGUGUCUACGAAUAGGAUCCGUAAUCAACUAUGCCAAGUCGCUGAACCCCACCUGGGAUAAUACGCCCGCCAACUACUGGAGUGUCCUGGAAGCCAACACCAGUGUAUUCUGUGUCUGCAUGCCUGCCCUGCGUCACCUAAUUGUUCGCCGACUGUCCUUCUUCAGCGUCAAUCAUCCACGCAAUACAGUCUUCCCAAACGGCGAGAGCGUUGACUACCCAUGGGAACGCACAACGGCGCCCAGUGAGCAGAGUGUAAGGCCAUCCAAGGACACAAGUCGUGGUACAGACCAAGUGGCUAUAUCGGGAUAUCACCGAGCACAAGAUGUUGAGCUGGUUGAACUCUGCGAAGGGCCCAUGGGAGAGCACGUCUUGCUGAGACGGGGGAUCAAUGAUACAGACGACAUGACUGAGAGAAGCGCGCGGCAAGUGCCAGCAAUGCCAAGUUUCGAGGAUGACGACUGA